AAUCUCCAUCAAGAAAGGCUCAGACAGGUCGUCGCGGCGGAGCAGCGACGAGGCGGCGACGCCAUCACGACGGCGACCGAUAUUGCCGGGACGGCGGCGGCGGAGAACAGCUGCGAUAUUGCCGGGACGGCGGCGACGGCGGCGGUGGCGACGGAGACGACGUCUGGCAGCAGCUCGUUAGACGAGGACGACGCCGACGACGACAAGCUGUGCACGCCGCCGGCGCGACAGCCAUGGAAGGGCGUGGCGGAGGCGUGGAGGUCGAGGACCAUGCGCCGCCUCCCGUCGCUGGCGCCGACGAUGUCGUCGACCCUCCGCCGCUUCAGCAUCCGCAGCGGCGCGUGGCCACAGUGGCCGAGCGCCGCCUCCGCCGCGGCCGCGGCGCCCGCCGACGGCAGCCAGGCCUGCGCCCUCCGCCCUCCCAUCCGCACCUUCUCCCUCUCCGAGCUCAAGAAGGCCACCCGCAACUUCAGCAAAGAGAACGUGGUGGGGAGGGGAGGACACGCGAAGGUGUACCGAGGCUGCCUCCCCGGCGGCGAGCUGGUGGCGGUGAAGCGGCUGUCGGCGCCGGAGAGGGGCGGGCGCGUGGAGAGCUUCCUGGCUGAGCUCGGCCACAUCGUGAGCCUGAGCCACCCGAACGUCGCGAGGCUCGUCGGCGUCGGCGUGGACGGCGGCGAGCACCUGGUGUUCCCGUUCUCACGCCUCGGCUGCCUCUCCGGGAGGCUCCACGGCGCCGCCGCCGGCGAGGAGGCCAUGCCGUGGGCGGCGAGGUUCAGGGUCGCCGUCGGCGCCGCCCGCGGGCUGGAGUACCUCCACGAGCGGUGCGCGCGGCGGAUCGUCCACCGCGACGUCAAGCCGGCCAACAUCCUCCUCAAAGACGACUACGAGCCAAUGAUAUGUGAUUUUGGGCUUGCAAAGUGGCUGCCGGCCAGCAUGACGCAUCACCAAGUGACCACAUUCGAAGGCACAUUCGGGUACUUGCCACCGGAGUACACGUCGCACGGCAUCUUCAACGAGAAGACGGACGUGUUCGCCUACGGCGUCGUGCUGCUGGAGCUCCUCACCGGCCGCCGCGCCAUUGACGCCAAGAAGCUCAGCCUCCUCACUUGGGCCAGGCCGUUCCUGUACGGAGGAGGCGGUGAUGGCGACGAUGAUGACGACGACGCGGUGAGGAUGAUGGUGGAUCCUGCUCUCGGCGGCCAGUACGACGCCGGGCAGCUCGCCGUCGUCGCCUACGCCGCCAAGAUCUGCAUACAGAACUCGCCGGAGCUCAGGCCCAAAAUGAGCGAGGUUACACAGAUACUCCAAGAAAACGAAGAGGAUCGACGAAGUGUGGAGGGGUCUAGGAGGACUUUCACCUUGGAUCGCACCGUUGAGAUGCACGAAACGAACGGCCAGGAUUCCGCGACGAGACGACAGCUGGACGAUCUGAGGCGCCACAUGGCGCUCGCCUUCGAUUUCGAAUGUGAGCACACGUCAUCAGCAGAAAUAGAACAACUCUCUGAUCACAGUAAUUAGUUGAAUUUCUGGCCAAUUUUGAUCCAAGUGUACGUACACCUUUUAUUCUGAUGCGUACAAUUUUUGUCAUAUUUGAAAAGCUAAUUAAACUUCCUCGCGUUUAAUUUAUAGUACUGACCGAAUUAUUAUAAUGGACUAUCUAUAUGAUUAUAGGUAUAAAUUAUAUAUUUUGAUCAAGAAAUUUAAUAGACAGUAGAUUAGAACAAAUGAUCUGAGCAACGUAGUAAAAAAAUAUUUGAGAA